AUGCGGAGCUACCGGAUCCGGGAUGCUUUGCGAGUGGAUGUUGUGGCUCAUGGUACAUCCCAGUGGGCAAAAUGCAGAUUUACAUUCGCGCUGACCAUGAAAUCACGCAGUGGGUAG